UAUAGGUGUAAGUGUAAGGUAGAAUAAGUAGUUGUAAAGAAAAGGCAAUUAAGUAGAGGAACAAGAGAAAAAAGAGAAAGAGGUUGCAGAAUAUUAAGGUGUCUCUCUUGGACUGAUUCUCUUCAAUCAAUACCAUAUAUCUCCAUCCAUUCCUCAAACAACAACAACAACAAUAACAAUUGUUCAUCAUGGCUGUUCAAGCUCAAUAUCCUUCCAAUGUUCUUCUUCUAAACAACAACAACAAUAACAGUAGAAAUGUUCAAGAAGGACAUGAAUACUCUUUACCGGCACAAUCACCCGGAGCAGCAUUAGGACUAGCACUUCUCGAUCAAACUCAUCAUCAUCAUCAUCAUCCACAUAUCCUAUGCAACAACAAUAACAACACCAGUACUAAUUCUCCUCGCAAGCGAGGAAGAGAAACAUCAGGAACAUCACCUAAUGAUCUUAUAAAUCAUUUCUCUUUACAAUCUCAACCUUCUCAGAUUAUUCAUCUUUCUCAACUCCAUAAUCAUCAACAACAACAACAACAACAAAAUGUAGUCUCUACUGGCCUUCGAUUAUCAUUUGAUGAUCAACAACAUCAACAGCAACAAAGAUUACAGUUACAACUUCAUCAAUAUCAAUCUCAACAACAGCAACACCAACAAGUUUGUCACUCCUCAACUUUCUUGUCUCUAUUAUCACAAGGACUUGUUUCUCAAAUCAAACAACAACGUGAUGAACUAGACCAAUUCAUUCAAGCACAGGGAGAGAAUCUGCGGCGGACAUUGACGGAGAAGAGACAGAGACAUUACCGGGAGCUUCUAACCACGGCGGAGGAAGCCGUAUCGCAACGCCUAAGAGAGAAAGAAGCCGAGGUAGCAAAAGCCACGCGCAAAAACGCCGAGUUAGAAGCGCGUGCGGCACAGCUAACCAUGGAAGCCCAAGUCUGGCAGGCGAAAGCCCGGGCCCAGGAAGCCGCGGCAGCCUCUCUCCAAGCCAAGCUGCAACAGACAAUAAUGUGCCAAACCGGAGACGACGCCGGCGGAGGCGGCGUCUCCUGCGCCGUGGAAGGACAGGCUUCGGAUGCCGAAUCGGCUUACAUCGAUCCAGACAGAGUGGUUGUUGUUGCGGAGGCGCGUGGGAAAUGUAGAGCGUGUUUAAAGCGCGUGGCGACGGUGGUUGUUUUGCCUUGUCGGCAUUUGUGCAUAUGUAGAGAAUGCGAUGCGCAUUACAGUGCUUGCCCUGUUUGCCUUACUCUCAAGAAUUCAACCGUUGAGGUCUUUCUCUCUUAGCAACAAAAAUAAAUAAUAAUUUUCUUUAUUUACUUAAAUAAUUUAAUUACCAAUGUCCAUAGAGUAUUAUCUUUUUUUCAAUUCUAUCUUUAAAAAAAAAAUAUAAAUAAAAUUACAUUUUUGUUUCUUUAUUUAAAUGAAAUCUACAUUACCAAUUAGAAAUUAUUUGGUUUUAGUAGUUUUUCAUUUACCUUUGGUUAAUUAAUGUACAUGACCAUAUGAGUAACAAGAGGUUAUUUCUUCUA